AUGAAUAUCGCCGAAGAAUACUUUUCCAAUAACUGGGUGCACAUGUUCAUGAAUGAAUUAACAUCAAGAAUUGUCGCCGACUCUGGAAUACCAAGUGAUAGAUUCCAUCUUGGAAAAAUUAUAUUACAAGGCUUGAGGGAUGAUCCAGAAUUUGUUAUGCAGAUUGAUGGCGCUACCGGACAAUCAGAAACCAACGGCUCUGUUCUCAGACGAAGUAUUCAAUGUGCAACUAGCCUUAGGAAUAUUGGUUUGAAGAAGGAUGACGUCAUUGUGCUUAUGGGUCCAAACCACCUUGAUCUGGCCAUUCCUUUAUAUGCUGGAUUCUAUCUCGGACUUGCAGUUGCUCCUACUGAUAGGACCAUGAAUAUUUAUGAAUUGCAACAAUCUUUUGGGGUAACCAAACCGAAAGUGGUCUUCUGCCAAAGUGAGAAAGUGCAGGAUGUACAAAAAGCUGUGAAGCUCUUGCAAAUUGACACCAAAGUAAUUUCAUUUGAUAAGAGCUCAGACACUUUAGAUUUUGCUGAACUAUUAGAGACCUAUGGUGGGAAAGUCGACGUCAACAAUUUUAAGUAUGUUCAAUUGUUUUUCUUUCGCUAG